CACACAAACGAACUGACGAAGAUGGCACCGAGUACUAUACAAAAGUUAAAGUCGGCAGUAACUGGCAAAGAAAAUGACGAAAACUCGUUAAUCACAGAGAUUUCUGAUGCCACUACUUUGAGUUGGUCAACAAGAAUCAAGGGAUUCAUAAUCUGUUUUCUCCUUGGAAUUGGUUUUACUUUACUUGGGAUUGUGAUGAUUUUCCAAAGUAAAUAUAAACUAUUUGCUGUUUUCUAUACGUUUGGCAAUCUUACAGCCUUAGGCAGCUCAUUCUUUCUUACGGGACCAGUGAAACAGCUGAAGAAUAUGUUUAAAGAAAAGAGAUUGAUUGCAACAAUUGUUAUGCUGUCCUGCAUUGCAUUAACUUUGUGUGCAGGAUUAUGGUGGAAAAAUGGUGGUUUGGCAAUUUUAUUUGCAAUCCUACAAUACCUUGCGAUGACUUGGUAUUGUUUAUCAUACAUUCCAUAUGCAAGAAAUGCUGUAAAGGGCUGUAUAAGUAAUUGUCUGGCAUGACAAUUUUAGAAUCGAACUUCAUAUUCAUGAUAUGCAUGGAUGAAUUGUGUUUAUACCAUCAGAAUAGACUAGACACCAAUUGUAAAUAACAUUCGAAUACACAUAAUAAAAGCAAAAAAAAGUCAA